ACGGUGUAGGGGCGGAGCUUAGCGGAGAAGCCACGCCCACCUGUCGUGACGUCACAGACCAUGAGGUUUCACUAGAACGCCGGUGUUUAGCUCCUGACGACGUAGGAUUUCGGGAGCUCGGGUAUGCCGGCGGCCGGCAGUGACGCGCGGUUGACAGAUGGGCCGGCAGAGUGCGCGCGGGAGGGGCGAGCGUGAACGACGGCCGCGUCAGUCUCUCUGAGUCCUUCGUAGUGACUACAUCGCUGUCGCAGGACAUAACUACGAUAUAUCUCGUGUUGAGUGUAUGUGACACAAGUGAGUUGAUGUGACGCGGGCUGGCAGCCUACGAGAUAUCCUCGGCCCUCCGCACCAUGACUAGGAGGAAACAGAAUUGCCCCAAGCGAAUGAAAUGGGAGGGAGGUGAAGGUGAACCACCCCCAGAAGGUUUAGGGGACGAAGCAACCCCUUCAGAGGACGAAGAAGAAGACUCAGUAGACUCGUCGGCGUCUCAGCCGUGUUCCCCCCAGCAUCCUACCAACCCCUUGGAGCCGGAGACUGAGAUUGUGCUCAGGGAUCAGACGAGCCCGUCAAGAGACUCGAGAUGUUCGUCCAUUCCGCCGAGGUGCCCGUCCCGGGACUCUGAGGGCUCCGACAGAGCACUACCCAUGGCUCCAGUCAGUCCUGUGUCGCUCAUCCCACCUGCCUUUCUACCCGUGAUGGCGCCUCACAGGCUUGUCAUGACAUCACCGCAGGGCUCUGUGUCUCCUCUGGUGUCUUCAUCGUCUUCACCCCCGAUGUUGAUCCCAGCUACUUCGUUAGUUUCUCCGCGAUCCCCUCCACCUCGAUCGCCAAACGAUACAGACGCUGCUGUAUUAGAUUUCAGCAAGAAACGGGGCUCUGAUGAAGGUUCAGGUCUUGACUUAAGUAAAGCAUCUCCGGUCCCUAAUUCGGAAUCGAGUCCUCUAGAUCUAUCAGUCUCAAGUAGAAAGAGAGGACAAGACGAUUCUUCCUGUGGUUCGCAAUCUCCGAGCCCGCAACCGAGAAAAACGCCAAGAGUCAAUACCGAUUUCAAGACCGUUGUAUCUCCGUGGACAUCUCCAGUAGUUGCCUCUCACUUCCCAUACUUUGCUGCUGCCGUGGCUGCAGCAAAUAGCUUGUCGCCAAAACUUAACGCGAGCCUCAACAGUCAUUCAAGUAGUGAUAGCUCAUUGUGGAACGGAAAGAUGAAGGAUAAGCCAGCAUUUACCCCAAGUGAUGCGACAAAAGCUUUAGAAAAGAUGAGUGAACUCAGUAAGCUUGGAGGGGACGAAUUCAGGUCAAUGGGAAAUAGCGCAAGUUCUGGAGGAAGGCACAGCGCGUGGCAGUCACAUUGGCUCAACAAAGGAGCUGAUCAGGCGAAAGAUGUGUUGAAAUGUGUGUGGUGCAAACAGAGCUUUCCGACUUUGGCAGCUAUGACGACGCAUAUGAAGGAAGCGAAGCACUGUGGAGUAAACGUUCCUGUCCCGAACAUUCAGCCUCCUCCACCACCAAUCCCCCCACCAACAACACCUACCUCAUCUGUUCCUCCAGUUAGCUUGCCAAAUCUUUCAUCGUCAGGUAGUGGCAAACCCUCUCCAGCAGACCUCAAUCUUCUAAUUAAAGAGACGAUGCCAUUACCAAGAAAACUCGUUCGAGGACAGGACGUCUGGCUGGGUAAAGGUGCUGAGCAAACUAGGCAAAUAUUGAAAUGUAUGUGGUGCGGCCAAAGCUUCAGGUCAUUGGCAGAGAUGACAAGUCACAUGCAGCAAACUCAGCAUUAUACAAACAUUAUCUCUCAAGAGCAAAUUAUUUCUUGGAAGUCGGCAGAUGAAGGAAAAUCUAGUGGGGGAAAUGGUGGCAGUGGUGGAGGUGGGUCGUCUGGAAACGGUAGCAGUGGAACCGUAAGUUCAGCCGGAGGUGCAAGUGCAGCUAGCAGUCAUGUAAGCGCAGUUCUCACUUGCAAAGUUUGUGAUCAAGCAUUUAGUUCUUUGAAAGAGCUUAGUAAUCACAUGGUUAAAAACUCACAUUACAAAGAGCAUAUUAUGAGAUCCAUUACAGAAAGCGGUGGACGAAGAAGGCAAACUCGAGAAAAAAGGAAAAAGUCCCUUCCUGUCAGAAAACUCUUAGAGCUAGAAAGAGCUCAAAAUGAGUUAAAAAAUGGCGAAGGAGGAAUGAUGAUGAUGGGUGGGAAAAUCGGCCGUGAAAUGCAUUCGGCUGGGCGUAUAACCUGCGAAAAAUGUGGCGAGAAGAUCGAUAUGGCUGUGUUUGUUGAUCACAUCAGAAUGUGUAUAGGAGGAGGACAUAUCAGUAGUGAUCAGAGAAAUCUCCUCAAGUCGGCAUUAUUAUCCAGUAACAUGAUGCCUAGUGAACAACACGCCAGUGUCACACAAGCUCUUAGAGAAAGCAGAAAAAUCAAAAAAGAAGAUGCACAACUAUCCCCGUCGGCCACUGAUCUUUCAGUUCCCCCCACCAGUCCUGAUAAGGAUUCUGCUAAGCAAGAUGGUAAAACAUCUUCUCCUUCUGUUCUUAAUGCAAUAGAAAAGUUAAUAGAAAAAAGUUUUGACUCAAGAGCAAGGCAUGGAGCGUCUGGCUACGCUGGUCCUGGUGGUAUGGGUCAAGGGGUUAUCGGUUCCAGCAUUCUGAAGAGGUUAGGUAUUGACGAGAGUGUCGAUUACACCAAACCUCUUGUCGAUCCUCAAACAAUGAAUCUUCUUAGAAACUAUCCUCACCAUUCUCACGGCCAUUUUGGUAGAAGAGAACGAAGCGGGAGUGAGUCCAGUUCAAUGUCAGAACGUGGUCGCACCGAAGCUUCUACGCCCGAUAGGAAGUUUGACCAAACGGACAGAUUAAUGAGUUCUACGCCGCGGACAACACCUGAGAAGAGGAUACAAACUCCACCAUCAGCAAAAAACUUGACCCACGAUGAUUCCACCGAAGAAGACGUCCGCAUUAAGAAAGAAAUUGAAGAUGAUGAGGUGCCCUUAGAGAGUAACAUGAGACACGGUAUAGUCGUAAAGAAAGAAGAUCUGGAAAAUGGAGACGAUGAAGAUGAAAGGAGGAGUUAUCACAGUGACGGACUUAAUUUACAACGAAGUGUAAAGGAGGAACCAUUGCCGUCACCAAGGUUAACUCAUGACGAACCCGAAGAAGACCGCCGGAGUCACAACAGCAUGGUUAGCCCUGGACUUAGUCCUAGGCAACCUACCCCGAUAAGACCAUCGUCCAGUGAACCAGUCCCAAACAGUCCUUGCAGAAACAGUACUAGUAGUCCAGCAAGUAGUGACAGAUCAGGAACCCCUCGAAGCACUAUAGAGAAGAAGACCACCGGAAGCUUGGGGGCGCUAUCGUCAAUGUUUGAUAAUCUCUCUGGAGGAGCUUCAGGAGGAGGUGCGUCCUCUGAACCUACCGUCUCCAGUGGGAAAGGAACUAGCCACCCUUUAGCUGCUCUGCAGAAACUCUGUGAUAAGACUGAAACACACCAUCAUUCGAGUAGCUCGGGUAGGCCAUCAUCCUCGAAUCAGGGACCUUUAUCAAUGGGUGCCGGAUCUUCACAGACACCACAGUCAGCGACUACUCCAGGAGCUAUAUUAGCUUUCAGCUGGGCCUGCAACGACGCCGUAGUUACCGCAGACUCCAUCAUGAAGUGCGCUUUCUGUGACACGCCCUUUAUAUCCAAAGGAGCGUACAGACACCAUCUCAGCAAGAUGCAUUUCGUCAAAGACGGUGUCAUUCCUGACCCGGUGGCUCUAAAAGCUCAAGCAGGCGUCAGUGGCGCCUCCCCCGGUCCUCAUGGUGGUAAGUCCAACAACGCGGCCUCGACAUCCUCAGGGAAAAGUCCCACUCAGCAAAACAGCUUCGAGGAGAGCCCGCACUCAAAGUUCCUCAAGUACACUGAACUCGCCAAGCAACUGUCAAGUAAAUAUGUAUAGCCCGAGAAGUAAUCGUGAGCGUAAAUGUGUACAUUAGAAAGUGUCAUUCCUGUACAGAUCGCGUUGUGAUGAUACCAUAUCUGGCCCCCGGGCCGUAGUUUAGGGACGUUGUGAUCUCCCGGUCAGUUCGAUCUGGUCAACUGUAUACCUGGCCUUCGGCCCACAACUAUGUAUACUCUAUCUUCUAAGAGAUACGUGAUAUUUAUCAAUAAUCUCGUUGUAAUCUUUAUUUAUUAUUGUACUGUUAUUUAAAGGAUUCUCCACGACUCCUAGGAGGUGUUGUUUCUUAAGUGUUUCAAGAAAUUUCGUGUUGUAAACUAUUUUCAGUAAUACGCUUUAUUUUAAAAUAUAGUUGUUAAAACGACGCCCCUGACUUAGCUCUUAAGUCCUGAAAGUAAACUCUACCGUAUACGUACACUCGUGUUUGUUAACAGUUUUGCUAAUAUUAGAGUUUUUCGUAUAGCGAAGUAAUUUUUAUCGAACCUCUUAGCCUAGCUGUACUGUAAGUAAUAUAGAAGAUCGCGGUUUCCUUGUAACGUUACUAUACGUAUUAUCGAAUUAUCUUCUACUCUUCCGGUAUAAUUGGGUGUUUGUAAAUUAUGUAUACAAACAUAAUAGUCAUUAUUUUCUACUGUUAUCAUGUACAAUGUGUAUACGCUGCUGAUUUUCAGUCACUUUUUGCAUCGGGCUCAGUCCUAGGCUAGUUCUCGUGUAUACCGACCCUCAGUAUCGAGUGUACAAUAACAUAGAGUCUAAGUAGUCUAUAUGUUUUAAACCUGUGCUCGGGGACACGUUAAAAUGCCCAAUUCCUUACUUUGUGUGAGUUAUAUACCAUUAUAAUUUCGUAAGUUGUUUUCCAAAUUACAAAGAUGUACGUUUUUAUUUACUAUAGAUUUAUUUAUUUAGUUUUACACGGCUCUACACCGAUAUUCUAAAUAACACCUUAACUUCAAAUGUAUACGAAACCUGUAGCAGUCCCCUCCGUCCAUUUUAAAAUGCCCAUGUAAUGAAAAAUAUAUCUGGAAGGAAACUUGAUAGAUUUUGUCGAUGAAUUACUAGCAGAGAUGAUUUAAUGUUUUAGUGGUGCUUUAUUUAUAAUUAUGUAAACAAAAUUAAGUAGAACAUGUAUAUUUCAAUAACCAUGCAUUUCCAAGUCGCUCAGUUCUGCUGGGUCUAAAACGUUAGGGUUGAAUCCUUGAACCUCGGUAGUAUUUACUAGCGGUUUCGGUUUUGAAGCGAUCUGAGUGUUAUGUUGGUGUCCGUAGAUGGAAAGUUCGCUGCAGGCUCGCGAGACAGUCACAGUCGUGUCACAGCCCACACACAACAACACAACCGGUUCUCUAAUGAUCAGCCUGUGCCUCUUAUCCCGUGAUUUACAGUAGACGAGAGAGUCCCUCCUCCCGACCAAUAAGACAAUCAUUUUAUCAAAGUCAACUGGAAUGUACAGUCGCGUCGACGCCAUGACACCGUCCGGGCUUCACAUCCUGGUCAUGGAGGUACGUCGAUGCCAGAUUGAUCACUUCAAUGUUGCCGUACAGAAUGCGAUAGCUAACCUAGACAUUACUUGUAUAUAAUCGUGAGUAUUCCGAAAAACCUUAUCAGAAAUAAUCUUUCACUCAGCAAUAGGAAAUCUCAUCUAGAUCGACCGUACAUUUAAAAAUAUUAUCUUAAAUUCAAAAUGAAAUAACAUUUUUUUGCAAAUGAAGAUUGGGAAUACUUAGCCCAACUAAACUUGUGUUUAAAUAUUAGGAAACUCAGAAUGAACAUCCAAAUGAAUUAAUAAAUAGUAAGACAGUGAAGCAAGCGACGUGGCAACAAUGCAGGCAGCUGGCAGCCGUUUAUUAAUUAGAGACGCCUUUGAUGCGUCGUCGAAGGCAUAAAUAAGAGAGACAUGUCAAAUGUUUGUCCUUCACCGAGACGCGCUUGUCUCUUGUAAAUCAUUAUUAUGGCCGGGAUAUCCAAUAAAUCUCCACCAUCUUGUCUUCUCUAUUUCAAGAUGUCUCCCGCCUCGCUGUGUCACUGUCUGACUCGUCUCUACGCCUUGCUUGGUCCUGAGAAUAAUUUCUAAACUCAGUUGCAUCAAUUGAUUACCUUGUUUCAAAAACGUUACCUUAACCGACUUUGGCAAAGAAUACGGGUAUGCAAAUUCUCUGUUUUUCACUGUUCUUUGGGAUGAUUUUUGACAGGGCGAAAAAGUGUUCUUAUACUAUACCUAAAGUCAAUUAAAAAAGGUUAUUAUGUUUACAUUUCUUAAAAUGUAAAUCUGACAAAGAAAUUUAGUUUUCAAAACAUUGCACUUUAAAACGUUUUGAAAAAAAAAUACUAUUAAUAUAAAUAAUCAGUCUUUUGCUGACUCAAUGCUCAGUUUUUCCGCUAACAACGAUUUAAACUCAUUAUUUUUUAUGCUUUUUCUACUAAAGUUUGAUAAAUGCAGGUUAAUAGUUGGCAAUAUACCAACUAUUAAUUUGCAAUAUAUGCAAACGGUCUAAUUAAUUGCACUAUAUUCUUUUUCAAUUAAUAACUAAGAUUAAAAAGCUGAGAAUUAUUUUGAAAAUGUAUGAACUAAUUGGGACUGUAUAUUUCUGGUUGAUGCAAUACGGUUAACUACUUAAAAUUUAUUCGUUAUCAUGAGACCAGUUUUCAAAUUGAACAGUACCAAUAAAACAGUGAUGGCUCCAAGAGACUACCUUGUGGCAUCCCUUAGUGACGGCAGACAAGACGAUGGCGAUGGCUAGUAACCCAUUUGGCUGGAGCCCCAUAAAACAUGCCAGGAUGUGUUGUCUAUGGUAGGCCAGACUUAGUCCCGAAUAAAUCCGUCAAUAUGACAAUAAAGUAGUGAGGUUGUGUUCUAUAUCCGUUGCUCUCCCGGGCCUCUUGAUGGAUGGAUAGACAGCUGUCGCCGCCACACGCUAUUCUCAUCUUCUCCCCCCACCCCUAGCACGACUAACACUAACUAACUACCGCGUUAUGUGUCGUCGGACGUGAUCAUAUUUCGUCAGAAUGGACACGAUUUAAAACGCACUCAGAUCCGCUCGAGCAGAUGUUCCUUUUAGCUUCCAUAACUUAAAGUCGUUAGAGGCGAUUCUGGGUUUAGUUUUAGUUAUGGGACGAGGGGUAACGCUGCGUGUUGAUUGAACACGAAGUAAAUCGCAAUCUAGUUCUACAGUAUACUGCGAGACUUGCAUAUCAAACUGUGGUAAAACGAGGUUCAUGGAUCAUUCCGUUUUAAGGGUCUUUGCCAAGACUUUGCAAUAUUUUACAUUUUAAAGAGACUUAUGGUUUUUAUAUUUUAUUGUAGCUUAUCUCUAUAAUUAAUAAUCAGGAAAUAUAUUAGUUUGCCAAUAUGUGGUCAACGUGGCAACAUUUCUUAACACUGCGUAUAUUAGUACUGUAAUUGAUUGGAACUAGACUUGAAUUUAACCCAAGACGAAAAUCUUCAUGCAAUCGACACAUUCAUACUGAGACAAGAAUGUGCAUUUAGACUAUCCAAACUUGUCUUGCCUUUCUACUUGUUGUAGUAAUACUGUUGUUACAACAGAUCUCAUUUAGUAAAAAAUCAAAUGUAUUUAUCAUUUAGAGAAAUUAAGCAAAUGCUGGAAUUUUUGGCACAAACAUUAUGUAUUUUACAAGGAUUUAGUUAGGAUUAGAUUUGUGAAAUUUACAAAAUCAAAUACGCUAAUGGUAUGAACUAUGUUUCAUUACAAAUACUUUAGUAAUAAAAAAAUAUACAGAAUGCGAUAAUUUUAAUACAUAUUUCUUUCUCAAGUGUAAUAUUGUACACAGAAUUGAAUGGUUUUAAUCUUUCUUCUUGUAAUUCUGAGCUUUAAUUGUAUUCAGACACUGUUACCCUUAUUUAACGUUAAUGAUAAAAUUUAACCCAUAGACAUUUUAGAGGAGUUCAUAAAAUAGUUAAGUGAUCCAGUUAGACUCUGUAGAUACGAUUUUGAUAACGAUGUAAGCUUUAAGAUAACAUUAAUUUCUUAAUGUUUUAGUAUCUAGAGUAAACAGCUGAUGAUUAUAAUUACUCUUGCAAUAAGUAUGUAUAAAUAGUUUAUUUAUUAUAUGUGAUAUAUAGUUAAAACAUAUAGACUACAUCGUGUACAAAAUAUAUUUAUUGUUCAUUUAAACUUCGUUGUGUUCUAGUACAAGUUAUAAUAAUAACAUUGGAGAUUUUGCUGUGUAAUUUUUGUGGGACAUUUUGUGUAGUAGUUGUUAUUCAAGUUCUGAUCGUUCCUUUUCAUUUGAUGUUAUUGCCAAUAUUCAUAUUUUCGUGUAUUGCUCACUCUUUUUGUGUUUUCUAAUGUUAUUAUUGUAGGUUGUACCCGAGUGGGCAAGAAGUACAUUUCAGCUUAUUUUUAAUUUUUGUUCCAUGUUAUCAAGAUUGUUUGUUAUAUUGUUCUAUUUACCUCCUAACGUUCAAAUCGCAGUGGAAGGUUUUACACAACCGGAUGCCACAACUCUACUAUAUCCAUUUCUCUUGCCCACUCGUUCAUAUAAGACUUAUUCGCUCUUUUGACCAAAUGCAAGUAUACGAUUGAAGCUGGUGAAGUGUUUUCCUUCUCUCAGUGAUCAAAUUUGAUAUUUUUUGCUCCAAAUGUAAAUGUAGGAUUUUUUAUUACGACAGAGUGCAUGUGUUCAUACCUCUAACGCGGUCCGGUGCUGGGCGCUCGAGGUGACCGGUGACCACUGUACACCGCGAGCGCCACUGUACCGGACCGCUCCAAACAAGAUUGUAUAGCGGCUGUAUAUUGGGAUGUGUACAGAUAGACUGGCGUGUAACAGCUGAUUGGCCCAUCGUCCUAUCGUCAUCAUGACGUCAGGGUGUUGAGCCGGUCAGCUGGACCUCAGAAAUGUUCUUAUGAACGCCCUCAAUGCUGUUGAUGUUUCUUUUAUUCUAAUUAUACUAUUGAUAGACAAUUAUUGAUUUCAAUAAAAUAAGUCUUGCUGCAA